CACAGGCGAAGUUACGUUCGGAAGUUAAAAAGCACACUCCAGCAUAUAGAACGAACAGCUGAGAAACGCAUAUAAACGUUAUCAAGUGCGAAACCGCACAAAAAAACAAGUGGUAUUGAUAAAAAGGAAGAAAAAGAAGGUUUCAGCAUUGAAAAGUUUGCUCUACAUUCAGCUAAUUAUGUGACACAGGCUAGAACAUCAGUAGUCUCGUGGCGUCGGGUCAGCGAAAGUGCAUGCACGUCACUCACUCGUCGCGCGGUGCUGAAUAUUGUUGUCCCGUGAAUCGAAGAUUGUGAAUCUGCAUUCCAAUUUGCAGCCAUGUGGAACUAAUAGGGAAUCGCUGAGUUUUGUGAUGUGCCGAGCACGGUGUUGUGAGUGAAACAGAAGAUCCGGAACCUAUUUGAUAGCGCAUAAACAUCAGAAAAAAACCAAAAUGGCCAAAGAACAGGAAGAUUUUCUCGAAAUGAACUCCAUCAGCGCAUCGCGGGUCGAACCUCCGAAACAAACCAGCAGCCGUGCGUCCGGAGCCGAAGCCACGAGUCUACUGAUGGUGCCCCACAGCCACAGCGAAACGGAAAUCGACGGCGGCCGGCGAAGUCGCGGUCAGCAAACUCAAACGUACGAUAUCCACAAAGGCAUCGCUGCGAGUGCUAUGGACAUAUCGCUCCUGACGGCCAACGCCAACCAGCUGCGACUGCUGAUAACCUACAACAACCGCUCGAAGACGUACAUUGCGUGCAUCACGUUGGUUAUUGUAUCGCUGGUGCUGCAGGUGCUGGUCGCUUGUGGUGUUAUUAUAAUUAAGAGUCAACCGAAAUCGAAACGUACUAAACAGAUGGAACGAUUGAAAAUUGCCACUUCGAUAGGUGUAACCAUUGUAACUGUCAUAAAUAUUCUGGUUGCAUCACUGGUGGUCACAGAUGGAUCACCAGUAGUAGCACCAACUUAACACUUGCUCAGAAACUUGUCAUUCAUUGUAAACGCUUAGCUUGAGAACGAAUAAAACAAUUCCAUAGCAUCGAAUC